AUGGGUCACUCCUACGGAAAGAGAGCGGGCACCCGCUAUGCCUUCAGCCGGGACUUCCGCAAGAAGGGUAUGAUUGCCCUGAACACCUACCUCCGACAGUACCGCGUUGGAGAUAUCGUCGACAUUAAGGCGAACGGUGCCGUCCAGAAGGGUAUGCCCUUCAAGGUCUACCACGGAAAGACUGGUGUCAUCUACAACGUCACCAAGUCUGCUGUCGGUGUCAUCAUCUACAAGCAGGUCAAGCACCGAUACAUCGAGAAGCGAAUCAACGUCCGAAUCGAGCACAUCCAGCAGUCCCGAUCUCGUGAGGACUUCCUCAAGCGAGUCAAGGCUAACGCCGAGGCUAAGCGUGAGGCCAAGGCCAACGGCACCGUCGUCCAGGUCAAGCGUCAGCCCGCUGGACCUCGUGAGGCCCACACACUGUCGCUCUCCGACAACCCCCCUAUGACCGUUACCCCUCUUGCUUACGAGACUACGAUCUAA